AUGCGCGGUUUCUCUUUCGGAUGUACAAAAAGCAACGUCGAGUCAUUGCAUGUGGUGGUAGUGGUCCCUGGUGGUGUUAUGGAAUCAUAUCACAUGAUAAUAUCGCCAUCACACGAGAAGUCUCGCUCUCACCAUUUAGAAGUUGAUACUGAUGAUGAAGAUGAGCAAGAUGAAGAUGACCCCAUGGAUCAGGACUACAUUGAUGAUGGAGACGACAUAGAUGAUAGCGACGAACGCUCUAUCGACUGGGGCGGAGACUGGGACAAUGCAGAUAGAUCAAAAUCUGAGAGUACAGCGGAAAUGGAAGACGUCGACAGCAUCGAAUGGUCCGGGAUUUAUCGUCUAGAGAGCAGAGGAUCAGACAUCGCAUGGGCGAAGCUCCAUGAUAUCCUCGAGCAAAUCCAUGCACAACGUUCGACUCUAGAGUAG